AUGCGUUUAAAAUAUUCUAAAACUUUAUUAGAAUCGCAGGGUUGUGACUCUCCGAUAGCGGAUUUAAGCUGGUCUCCAAAUAAUGUGAAGCUGGCCGUGGCAACCAGUGAACGGCAGAUUUUAUUAUUCGAUCUCGAUGGUACACGAAGAGAUAAAUUCAGUACCAAGCCAGCCGAUGCCACUGCUGGAAAAAAGUCUUAUGUUAUCACUAGUAUAUCAUUUAGCGAAAAUUCGGAGUUGCUUGGGGUGGCGCAGUCCGACAACAUGGUGUUCGUGUACCGCGUGGGCGCCGACUGGAGCGGUAAGAAGGUCAUAUGCAACAAGUUCCCCUUAUCUGGUGCCCCAUUGAAACUGCUAACUGGGGAGUCUGGUUUCUUCACUGGCACCAGUGAUGGUAAAAUAAGGUCUCUAGACUGUAAGAGCAAUAAGAGUUCGAGCAUGUGGUCGGCUGGCUCAUGCUGCGUAGCGCUGUCGCGGUGCGACGCGGCGCUCGCGUCCGGUCACGUCGACGGCACCAUAUACCUGAACGGCCGUUUACUGCUGCGCUAUGUCUUGCCGCCUACUACUCUCUUGCUUUUAUUGCCUUAUUUGAUUGUGGGGUCGUGCGACGGUCGCAUUUCAAUAUAUGAGGCGCAGCGCGGCGCUCUGCUGCAGAGCUUAGAGCCGCAGCUGCCUCCGGACCGUCAAGACUUCAUCACCGUGGCGGCCAGCCCUUCUGGACAGACAAUAGCAUUCGGCGUGUUCGACGGGUGCCUGGUGGGCGAGGUAAAGGAGUCUGGCAAUAUCGAGCUGUCCCCUCUCCACAUCCCCCACCUGUAUGCGACGCGUGCGCUCGCUUGGAGCGGCGAUGGCACUAGGCUGGCACUCGCCUCGCAGACCGGCGCUGUAAUACAACUAGAAGCUGUACUUAGGCGCUGGGUGUGGCGCGACAGUGUGGAGGUGCAACACGUGAGCCCGCGCCAGCUGCUGCUGCGCCGGCUGGCGGGCGACGCGCCACCGCUUGCGGUCACCACCAACUACGCACAGGAUAUAUUCAAUGUACGAUUCAUUGGUAACGAUUGGUAUGCAGUGUGUAGGACCAACACAACUUUGAUACUUUGCGAUAUAGCUCGUGGACUCACAAGCGAGAUCCCGUGGAACGGCAGCGGGGAGCGUAUCUACGCGGCGGUGGGUGGCGCCUGCCUACUUCACCGCGCGGGCGAACUCAGCGUUGUGGAGUACGGACUUGACAAAGUUCUGCACACUGUGCGGACAGAGCGCGUAAACCCUCACGUGCUGAGCGUGCGCGUUAACGAAGGGCCGACGCACUCCGCGGACCGCAAACACCUCGCCUAUCUGCUCGACAAGCAGACUGUCGCUGUACUGGAUCUGAUUACAGGCGUGCAGGUGGGGCAGUGGUGGCACGAGGCGCGCGUGGACUGGCUCGAGCUGAACGAGAGCGCUCGCCUGCUGCUGUACCGCGACACGCGCCGCAACCUUACGCUGCUGCGACUGGACACCGCUGAAAAGGAAACGAUAGCUCGCGGCGUGAGCUUCGUGCAGUGGAUAGAGAACAGCGACGCCGUUGUUGCGCAGACACACACUCAUUUACUUAUCUGGUACAGCGCGUGGGAACCCGGCAGCGUGGAAACAGUGGAGUGUGAGGGCGGCAUCGCGGUAGAGGUGAGCGCGCGCCGCGUGCUGCUCGAAGGCGGCCAGCUGCCCUACGUACAGCUGGACGAACAUCGUCUUGCUUUCAAUAGUGCGUUAGACGGCGGCGAUCUGACGACUUGCGCCAAGUACUUGGAGGGCGUGGGCGGCAGCGCUGACGUCACUGCUCUAUGGAGACAGCUUGCAGACACUGCGCUUAACGCUCAUGAUAUACAGCUAGCUACAAAAUGCUAUCGCGAGGCGGGCGACGAGGCACGCUCGCUCUUUCUAGACAACGCGCUGCAGCUCGCAGCGACUGAAGGCGACGGAGACGUGGCUACUGGUCUGUCGAGUCCGGUGGUGCAGGCGGAGCUGUGCAUCUUGGCUGGUAAUUUGUCUGAGGCGGCGGAGUGCUACGUGAAGCACGCGGGCCGGCCGCGACUCGCGCUGGACAUGUACCGCCGCUACAACGUGUGGCCGGAAGCCAUCGCCUUGGCAGAGAAACACUUCCCCGCAGAGGCGUCGGAUAUGAAGCGACAGUAUAUGGAUUAUUUAAUGUCUACUGGGCGCGCGGGGGAGGCGGGCGAGGUGCUGGCGGCAGACGGGGAGGUGCGGGGCGCGGUGCGGCUGUGGCUGCGCGGCGGGCGCGUGCGGCGCGCGGCCACCGCACUGCUCGCGCACGCCUCGCUGCUGCGCGAAGAUGAACUCGUGCAUGUUGUGCACACACAUCUUGUUCAGGAGGAAUGGUGGGAGUUGGCGGGAGAAUUGUCGGAGAAGAGGGGAGACUCUAAAGCCGCCGUAGAGUACUACGCCAGAGGACACAAUUACGCAAGAGCUGUCCAGCUAGCAAGAGAGUCGUGUCCGGAGCAAGUGACGGAGCUGGAGCGUGCGUGGGGCGCGUGGCUGUCGGGCGCGCGGCAGGCGGGCGCCGCGGUGCCGCACCUCAUCGAGGCGGGCGACACUCGCGCCGCACUGCACGCCGCACUCAAAGCGCACCUCUACAAGAAAGCGCUGCAGAUUGUACAGGUUAUCGACGACAAGGAAUCAAUACGUGUACAAUGCGAGCAAUUGGGCGACCACUUUAUCUCAACUCAGGACUGGGAGACGGCAGAAAGCGUUCUAACGUCUAGCAAUAUGGCCGAACGCUGUGUCAAAGCAUACAAUACGGCGGGCCGUAUAGCUGACGGAUUGAGAGUCGCCGCAUCGCACCUCACUGAAGAACAAACGAGGAAUAUUUAUUUGCCUCUAGCGCAACAGUUGAGGGAGGAGGGACAAUUGAGGAAAGCGGAGCAAAUCUACAUCGCUCUAGGAGAGCCGGACGAAGCUAUAUCUAUGUACAAGGAGGCAAGCCAAUAUGAAGCAAUGCUACGACUGGUGGCUGCGCACCGCAGCUCCUUGCUGGAGGCGACGCGCCGUCACGUCGCGCAGGCUUUGCACGCCUCGGGGGACCUGCGCGCCGCCGAGACAUACUAUAUACAAGCUGGUGAGUGGAAGAGUGCGGUUCAAAUGUACAAGUCGAGCGGGCAGUGGGAGAGUGCGGAGCGUGUGGCGCGCGCACACGGACCCGCCGCGGCGCAGCACCAGGUGGCGCUGCAGUGGGCCGCCACGCUGCCGCCCGCCGCCGCCGCGCGCAUGCUGGCCGCCAGGGGCUUGGCCGCUGUCGGCGCCCGUUGGGCUCUGCAGGCGCAACGUUGGGACAUUGCGAGCGAGCUGAGCGAGGUGGGGGGUGGGGUGUCUCGGCGCGAGGUGGCGCGGCACGAGGCCGCGGCGCUGGCGGCGGAGCAGCCCGAGGAUGCGGAGGCCGCGUACCUGCGGGCGGCUGCUCCCGAAGACGCAGUGCGCAUGUGGCUUGACCAAGGCGAACACCAGAGGGCGCUGCACAUCGCCGAGACUCACGCCGCGCAUAUGGUGGAAGAGGUACUGGUGGAAGGAGCACGCGUGGCCGCCGAGCGCGGUGAUUUGGUUCAGUUCGAAGCACUAAUGAUCCGCGCCAACCGGCCCGCAGAAGUCGUUCAGCACUACAGGGACCUCGAAAUGUGGGAGGACGCAUCGCGCGUGUCUCGUGAAUACCUGCCCGAUAGCGCUGAGCCCGUGCCGGCUGCAGUGCCACCGCUACUGCGGCGCGCCGCAGACCACGCUGACAGGGGCGAAUGGUGGGAGGCGGUGCAGCUGUUGCUGGGUGCGAGCGCUGCUGGGGCGGCAGGUGGCGCACUGCGGCUGGCGGAGCGCGCGGCCCUGCGAGCUGCUCGCUUGGCACGCGACCACCUGGAGGGUACUCGCCGCCGCGCCGCCGCUGACAUGCUCGCGGAGAGAUUUUCUGCUAUCGAUCAGAGCGAGGUGGGCGAACAGCUUCGUGCGGCACUCACAGAAGGCGACGUGGAAAAUGCUUCCGGUGUAGACAUGUCUGAGGAAGAGGAGGAAGUGGUGCAGGUUACAGCGCCGGGUGCGGUGGUGGAGGUUGGGGAGGGCACGGAGGGCGCGGCGUUGGACAAGCUGGCGCGCGCCGGCCACUGGCAGCGCUGCCUCGCGCACGCCGGCCGUAGUGCGCCACACUACGCGCUCAGACACGCUGCGCACAUAUUUAAUGCACACUCGCGCGUUGAGGGCGUCGACAUUGAAAGCGAAGAAGUUCCGGAAGCACUGUCCGAAGCAUUAGACUCAUUACGUCAGUAUCUAGUGAGCGAUGGCGAGGCGGUGGUGCAAGGCAGCGACGGGGAGUUAGCGGGGGCUGUAUGCCGCGAGCUGCUUGUGCGUGCAUCGACCGCGCCGCAAGCGCUGCAAGCGCUUAAAGAUGCUGCAGCUGUCAUGUUGGCUGCUGGAGCUGAUGAUAGAUCACUGCAGGCCAUAACGUUAUUAAUGGGACUUCACGUUCCUCAAAUAGCGGGUAAAGUUGCCCGGGCGCUACCGCGAUAUACGGACAUUAUAGUUGCCGAUGUCGCGUUCCUGCGGUGCGGUAUAUGCGUGCGGGCCGAGGGCGCGGCGAGCACGCGCGAGGCCUUCGUCCUGCUCAACCAUUGCCUUGACCUCGCCGAGGCGGCUGAUGACAACACGCAACAGCUACUCAGCUUUUCUGAUUUCGAGGUCACGGACUGGCCGCAGAAUCGAUUGCUGUUAGAAAAGUCCUGUAUAAGCGGCGCGCCGCUGCAGGAGACGCGAGAGUGGGUGCUCUCAGUUGUCAUGGACCAAGAUGUUGAACAAGCUUUGCCGGUGGACAGUCGCGGGCUGUACGCGGCGAGCGUGGCACCGGACGAGCCGUGCUGUGUGCUCACCGGCUACCCUCUCGGCACGCGCCUCGUAACCUUUUCCAAUGGUCGGUGCGCUAAUCGCGAAUGGUGGUCGAGGUGCAAGAAGGCGGCUGCGAGCGGGGGCGGGGGCGCGGCGGGCGCGCUGCUGCAGCACAUCGCCAGCUGGUGCGGCCCGCCCGACCUCACCAAUCUCUAGACGAGACUGAGACAAUCAACGGCACUCAUUUAUCAGCGCUACAUAUAAAAAAUGUAGCGCACUCAAAUCAAAUUCUUACUU